AUGCAUUUGGGUGCGGACACACCCGAGCUGCUCUCCGAGGUGCCUUUAUCCUUAGGGUCCAAGAGUUUGGAUGCGGCGCUUGAUGUGGCCAUACUGGUCGUGCAGCGCGAAGCGGAUGCACUCCAGCACGUUUCUUCCGCGAUGCAGCAAUCCCCUCGCAUGCAGUCCAGUUUUCGGAGAGCGUUACAAUUGCUCCUCCAGAAAACUCGUUUGGUCGAUGGGCGGCCUUUGGGAAAAGUUGUUGUGGUCGGGAUCGGCAAAAGCGGUAUCAUCGGCCAAAAGAUUGUAUCGAUGCUCCUAUCGCUUGACACGCAAGCCGUGUUUUUGCAUCCUGCAGACGCCCUCCACGGCGAUUUGGGUAUGAUAAAUUCUCCGCACGAUGUUAUACUUUCCUUAUCCUACUCUGGCAAUUCUCCCGAGAUCGUGGCGUUUAUGGAGCUAGAGCCUGUGCGCCGGUGCGCGCGGAUUGCCUUGGCCGGCAAUGAAAAAUCGACGCUCGUCCAGCAAGCGGAUGUAUGGCUUGAUUGCAGCAUUCCGGGCGGCGGUGCAACUCCCGACGAUGUGCGUGUUUUGCAAUCCGAGGCCUAUCCCAAUAUUCCCGCGCCAACGACAAGCACAACCAUCAUGCUUGCGCUUGGCGAUGCACUUGCAAUGUCACUCACGCAGGCAAAAGGCAUCGAAAAAAGCACAUUUAUGAAGAACCACCCGGGGGGCAGCCUUGGCCGCAUGUUUAAAUAG